GUCAUUGUCACAGGCUUAGAGAGCCUCUUUGCCAAGUGAGAGGCUUUGGCGACAUAUGUCACUUCAGUGAGUCUGCUGUCGCUCCUUUAGCCGCUUGAGUGGAGGGGCGGGCAGGGAGGCGUGCCCGCCCCUGCAGGGGAGGUACAACGUGAGGUUGAGGAGGAAGGACAUGUCAGAGAUGUUGGUUCAGAGAGAGUUGUUGGAAUGAUCCCUUGAUGGUCCUGUCCCGUACUUUUUUUUAUGGACUUGUAGUGCAGCUGCCUUGGGCCUCAGCUAGAGGUGGACUUAAGAUGUAGCAUGACUCAAAAAUCAGUCCUCUGUGCCUUACAAAGCCCAAGUGACACCAGCUGAUCCGCAUCAACACAUUCUCCUGAUCUCUACUGUCUCCAUUAACCAGUGGAGGGUGAUGAGGUUGGUGGGGAGCCUGCAGCUUGUCCUGCUUUUGGCCUUGACCUCCACAGCCACAGGCCUCAACAUCCCUCUUGAAGUGGAGCAGCCUCCAACCAUAAUAAACCACACAUCUGGUCCCAUUAUUGCUCUUCCUUUUGACAACACUGUUGCUAUCAGGUGUGAAGCCAGGGGCAACCCACCACCAAAAUACAGAUGGACAAAAGAUGGCGAAGACUUUGUCCCUCCCUAUGUCAUGAUAGAUCGCACAGACGGCACUUUUGUGCUUCACAAGAAACACCUCGACAAGUUUCAGGGUAAAUUCAGAUGCUACGCCUCUAACAAGCUGGGAACUGCCAUGACAGAGGAGAUUGAACUAAGAGUCCCUAGUGUCCCAAAGUUCCCAAAGGAGAAUAAUUCCCCCCUUGUUGUUAAGGAGGGAGAUCCAAUCAUCCUGGAGUGUAACCCUCCAGAAGGCGUGGCCCCACGUCAGAUCUACUGGAUGUCUCUUGGUCUCCAGCACAUUGAGCAGGAUGAGAGGGUUUCCAUGGGCAUUGAUGGCAACCUGUACUUCUCUAAUGCCUUACAGAAAGACAGUCGUCCAGACUACUGUUGCUUUGCUGCCUUCUCCAAAAUACGCACCAUCGUCCAGAAAACCGCCAUGGCUGUCGUGGUUAAGAGCUUGAAAGCUGGCAAUGACAGCAGCAAUGCCACUGUAGCCCCCCCAGCGAGAUUACCUGACCUGCUGCUGCCCUCUGGUGUUCAGACAGUGAAGGUGCUGUUGAAGGGGGAGAAUCUGCACCUUGAGUGUCUACCACAGGGAUAUCCCACUCCGACCGUAACAUGGAUGAAAAUGGGAGACAACCUGCCUCCACGGAUAAAAUAUGCCAACUUUGGAAAGCUGUUGACCAUAUCUGCUGUGGACGGGAGGGAUCAGGGGAGAUACAUGUGCACAGCCCAAAACUAUGCUGGAAAGGCUGUCCACUACUUUGAUGUGAUAGUGGAAGAGCCGCCAAAGUGGCUGACAGAGCCUCCUCAGAGCCAGCUGACCGUGAUUGGGUCUGAUGUUCACAUCAAGUGCUCGGUCAGCGGAAAACCACCUCCAGACAUAACAUGGAGGAGGAAUGGAGAAAUUUUCAGAGACGACCCAAACAGCAACAGGCGAGUGUUUGACGACACCGUGGUCCUCCUUAACGCCGUUGCAGAGGACAGCGCCGUCUACCAGUGUGAAGCCUCCAACAGUCAUGGCAGCGUUCUGGCCAACAUUAAUAUCUUGGUCAUGAAUAUGGCUCCUCGGAUACUGACAGGGGACUACCAAGAGUACGCUGUAGUGCUAGGAGGGAACAUCACCAUGAACUGCAGUGUUUUUGGCUCUCCACCACCCACCAUCUUCUGGGCCAGAGACGAGUCUCCAGAAACCAUCGAGGGGGAGCGAUUUUUUGCUCUGGGCGGAUCUUUGCGAAUCAUCAGUGCAGAGAAAAACGACAGUGGGAAAUACGUGUGUGUUGCCUCUAAUGCGGAGGGCAAGUCGGCCGUCACUGCUGUGCUGGAUGUGAAAGACCCUACAAAAAUAGUGUUUCCACCUCAGGACAUGCAGAUCGUCAGUGGGACCACAGCCCAGUUGAUGUGCCAGGCAGAGUAUGAUAAAAGCCUGCGGGGUAGCUUUGAGGUGGUGUGGAGGAAGGAUGGUGAGGAGAUCCCACUUUCCUUUGAGGGAAAUUCCAGAUACGCUGUGGACGAUGACAUGCUGCAGAUCAUGAAUGUGAACCUGAGCGAUCAGGGAGUAUACACAUGCAUUGCUAGAACCAGCCUAGAUGAGGACAGCGCCACUGCACUUUUCACCGUGCUCGAUGUUCCCGAUGCCCCCCAAAAAGUGAAGAUAUCUGACCUUGAGAGUCCGAGAAACAUUAGCCUGACUUGGGUACCUGGAAGUGAUCACAACAGCUCUGUAACAGAAUUUAUAGUGGAGUUCGAGGAGAGUCAAUGGGAGCCCGGCAGGUGGAAGGAGCUCCAGAAAGUCCCCGGUAACCAGGCAACAGCCGAGCUGGCACUACAUGGACACCUUAACUACCAGUUCAGAGUGUAUGCUGUUAAUGCUGUUGGACCUGGACCCCCCAGUGAGCCCACUGAGAGAUACAAAACACCCCCUGCUGCUCCUGAAAGAAACCCGGAAAACAUCAGAAUUCAAGGCCAUCUUCCUCAUCAAAUGGACAUUAGCUGGGAGCCGCUGCUGCCUAUUGAACAGAAUGGUCCAGGCCUCGAGUACAAGGUGAGCUACAGGAAACUGGGGGUGGAGGAUGUCUGGAGGGAGCAUCUGGUCAAAAGGCACUCCUUUGUCGUGAGAAACACGUCCACGUUUGUCCCCUACGAGAUCAAAAUACAGAGCAGGAACAGUUACGGCUGGGGACCUGAUCCUAAAGUGGUUACUGGUUACUCUGGAGAAGAUGUCGUCUUUUGGCAUUGUCUGCGGGAAAAUGUGUCAGUCCCGACUGCAGCACCACGGGACAUAGCAGUGGAAGUAAUCAACACCACUGUUCUGAGAGUAAGCUGGACCCCGGCUCCACCUGCCACAGUGCGAGGUCAUCUCGGGGGCUACGAUGUUCAGUGGUUGAGGAAACGAAGUUUGCUGAAUCCCAACAAGAUUUUAGAUGAGCGCCACUCCCUGUCUUUUCCUGGGAAGAGGACUCAUGCCAUCGUGCCGGGUCUGGAACCUUUCUCUGAGUACAGGCUCACUGUCAACGUUUUUAACAAGAAGGGCAACGGGCCCAACAGUGACCCGGUCACCUUCAACACGUCAGAGGGAGUUCCUGAGCAAGUGCCCAUCCUGACCGCCUCCAACGCCCAGACAGACUCCAUUUUGCUGGUAUGGGGCCCACCGCUGCAGACAAACGGCAUCCUCACCGGCUAUGUCCUGCAGCACCACCUCAUUAAUGAGACCACACUGGAGGUGGUUGAUUCCCAGGAGACGGACAUCACUGGGGCUGACACCACCCAGUGGCAGCUCCAGGGCUUAGAGGAAGACAGCCUCUACCGCUUCCACCUCAGCGCUUGCACUCGAGCAGGUUGUGGACCUCCGCUGGCCCAGGAGAGCCACACCGUUCGUCAAGAACAUUUGUCCCCGACUCCAGCUGUGGCCCUUGUUCAGAGCAGCCACAACUGCUCUCUCUCCUUUCCCAGCUCUAUCCCAGGCAAUUCUACUCAUCCUCCUUUAGUUCCAGCCCUGUUGAACAUAAGCUCUUAUGUGAGUGACACCUUUGCCAAAAUCAGCUGGACUGCCAGAGAGGAGCAGCAGGACUUGGAGCUUUAUGUGGCUUAUAUGAAUAACCGUGAUGGUAACUGGCGGAUUUCAGAGGCUGUAAACGCUUCUCAAAGUUUCCACGUAAUUGAUGGGCUCAAACCUGGGACGGUGUACACCGUGCGCCUCAUGGCCAAGAGGCUGCUCGAUAACGCUAGCAUUUUUGAAGACGUUAUCCAGACAAGAGUCAAAGGUGCGGUAGGUCAGCGGAGUGACUUUUCCACCCAGGGCUGGUUCAUUGGGACCAUGUGUGCUGUGGCUCUCCUCACACUUGUCGUGCUCAUGGCCUGCUUUGUCAGGAGAAACAAAGGUGGCAAGUAUGCAGGUACGCCACCGCCGACCCAGCGACGAGACAUGUUCGCCAUGGAAAAAGUGAAAGAGAAGGAGGACCUCCACCCUGAUUUGGAGUCACAAGGAAUGAAUGAUGACACCUUCUGUGAAUACAGUGACAGCGAAGAGAAGCCACUGAAGGGCAGUAGCUUGUGUUCCCUGACUGGUGAUGGCACGCUGGGGGACAGCGUCAGCAGAGACAGCCUGGUUGACUACGCUGACGGCGGGGGAGAAUUCAAUGAGGACGGUUCGUUUAUUGGAGAAUAUUCCGGACGCAAGCACGGAGGCUCUGUUAGCGAGCCCAGUGGACCCAGACCAGUCACUGCAUAAAGCCAGGCUCCAGUUGAAACGGUCUACUUCAAAUCCUUUCAAGAUACUUUUUAAAUUCAGCUUCCCUGGCAUUAAAUAUAGCUCCAAUAGCCAAAUAUGGCGGAAUAAAAAUGACUCAGAUGUGCAGAAGUGUUGCCCAGGGACUGAAAGGGAAGCAUAAACCCACCAUUCACAUCAAAUCCUGUGAGUCUUUGUACAUACUGUAAGAGAAUGACCUGUAUCAUUUGAGUUUUUCAAGAUUUUAAUAUGAUAAUAAAAUGUUUUUUGUACC